AUGCCUUCCUACGCUAUUACAGGUGCUAGUCGAGGACUUGGGUUCGAGUUCGUCCGCCAAUUGUCCCAGACGCCAGGCAAUGUCGUUAUCGGCCUGGUCCGGAACAAAGCCACAGCGGAUCUAAAAGUCCAAGCACAGGGACUUCAGAACGUUCAUAUCAUCGAAGUCGACUACACUGACCUCCCGUCUUUGAAGAAAGCGGCCGAGGAAGUAAAGGGUCUUACUGGCGGUGGUCUCGACUACCUAAUCAAUAACGCCGCCCUUGUAUCCCAUAUUAGCUCUUCCAAGACAUUGGCUGAUUUUCCAGAUUCUAACAUUUCACUCAAUAACAGCGAUAAUGAUUUCUCUACCAUGGAAAAAGAUCUCCGUGACAGUUUCGACAUCAAUGUCUUAGGCGUCAUCAAGACGAUUAAUGCCUUCCUCCCGCUUAUCAAGAAGGGAACUGUCAAGAAAGUCAUCACGAUAUCUAGCGGAAUGGCCGAUCUCGAAUUGAUUAACGACCUCGAGAUACCUGUCGGGGCUCCAUAUUCUAUCAGCAAGGGCGCCGUGAAUGUUGCCAUGGCCAAGUAUAACGCUGUCUUCAAGCAAGAAGGGAUACUCUUCCUUUCCAUCUCACCGGGUAUGGUGGCGACAGAGAGAGCAACUGAAGAAGUUUCCGAAGAGGAGAAAGAAGGUUUUGGUAAUUUGGCUGCCAAGUUCGCGGCAUAUGCGCCAGACUUCAAGAGGCCACUGACGCCAGAAGAGUCCGUGAAAGCUGUACUCUCCGUGGUGGAAAAGGCUAGUGUUCAAGGUGGGUAUGGAGGACAGUUUAUUUCUCACCUAGGCACGAAGAAGUGGCUGUGA